AUGCUGUCCCCUGCAGCCACUGCAGUUUGCACCAGUGAUCCCCGGUCAGUGAUAGUGCCGCGAAGGCCAAACCAAAUGCUGGUUGAACAUGCAAGAUUUAUCAACAAUGCCAAGUACUCUCGACUCGUAGAGUCCCGUAGAUUUGCUCCUGUUACUAGGAGAUCAGCUACUGUUCCAUCUCUUACAAGGGACCAAGACCAUGUUGAGGGACACAAAAAGGCCUCCCAAGUAGCUUCUUCAGACCAUGUCUUUCAGGUAAGUUUUAGAUCACUUUUAGCUGAUGUACCAUGCUAUAUGUAG